AUGACUUUUGUCCUCAAUUUUCAGAAAAGCAAUAUUGACACUUCUGGGCAGGAGCAACAGUCCAAUGAUACACAACAGCCACAAUCUAUUGAAGUGUUGACUCCUUCCCUGUGGCCCAGGCCUGUGUCUGUUCCUGUGCUCCAUGUUUCACUGAUUACUACUACCCAUGAUGCAAGCAACUCUCCAAAAGCUUCAUCCCACGCAAACACAGCAGAUACAACCCCUCAAGACUGUUUUGAUCAUAGCAAUGACACCAUCAACAUGAGCACUUGUAUUACUGAGGACACAGAGAUGCCUGUAGAAGUAACAGUUGCAGCCAUAGCCUCCUUCCCUGUUAUCAAGAACCCUCUUGUGAAGCUUGCCAGCUGUUAA